AUGAAUCGAUCAGGAGAGGGACCAUCUGAAAAGCGGAUCGCUCUAAGGUCCUUCUCGCUGCGUGUCAAUGCAUGGCCAGACGAGGAUUGGUCGGGUAUCACCGAUCCAAAAACACGCCGCAGGCUUCAAAAUCGCUUGAACCAAAGGGCUCGACGCCUACAAAAUAAAAAACCAUCAAAUCCUUCGAGAGACAGAUGGACAAACGAUAGCGAUGGUUCUUUUUCCGAUGAACAGCACAAGCCCGCUGCAUAUACUAUUAUUCCACGAGAUAUUCACCAAAAACUGGAACGGCCUGCCGCUUUUGACUUCGCCUCUCUAGUGGCCAUUGAAGAUGUGUGCAUACUGGAAUCGCAUUCUCCGGCAAUGAAAUCCAGAAUGGCCCAAUUAGAAAGAACAGCCUUUCAACACUACAUAAUGGGCUCUCCGCGAACCGAUCUAUUACUUCACCUGAUUCAACUGAAUUUCACCAGAGCGCUGAUAGAAAACACGAAAAUACUGGGUCUCAAACCCCAUCAGCUCCACGACGAUGCAAUCUCACCAUUCAACACUGCUGGCCCAUGGCAAGAAGAGUCUAUCUAUACCCUUCCAAUACACCUCAAGCCUACUGUGAUCCAGCGUUCUAUUCCACAUCACCCCUGGUUGGACCUACUUCCUGUUCCUCAAAUGAGAGAUAAUUUGAUCCUUGCUGGAGAAUUUGAGGGAGAGAUACAGCUGUGUCUUGAUAUGAAGGGUAGUGGGAACACGCGAUCGGGGAGAAGUGGAAUAAUUGUUUGGAGUGACCCUUGGGAUCCCACAGGGUGGGAAGUUACUGAACCCUUUGCUCGUUCUUGGGGUUGGGUGAUAAGAAAUUGUUAUGAUUUGGCCCAUUCUACGAACCAGUGGCGGGCGAAGCGCAGUGAAAGACCGCUUUUCCGUAUGACUGUAUAG